AUGUCUUUCCGCAGCAUAGUCCGGGAUGUUAGAGAGAGCUUCGGAAGCUUAUCAAGGCGGGGCUUUGACGUGAGGAUUUCAGGCCUCCCUGGUCUUUCCGGCCAUCAUCACCGGGGGAAGUCUUUCGGGCCACCGGGUGAGCCGCACGGCGGAGCUGUGGUGGCUGAUCAGAAUGGCUGGGUUGGUCUUCCUCCUGAAUUACUUCGUGAUGUGAUGAAAAGGCUGGAGGAAGGCGAGAGCACUUGGCCCUCGCGCAAAGAUGUCGUCGCUUGUGCGGCGGUCUGCAGCGCGUGGAGAGAGAUCUGUAAAGAUAUAGUUCAGAGCCCGGAGUUCUGUGGGAAACUCACUUUUCCGGUGUCGCUUAAACAGCCAGGACCUCGAGAUGGAUUAAUCCAGUGCUUCAUUAGAAGGGACAAAUCAACACUAACCUAUUAUCUCUACCUCUGCCUUAGCCCUGCUGUGCUUAGUGAGAACGGAAAGUUCCUGCUAGCAGCUAAGAGGAAUCGACGGACAACAUAUACCGAAUACGUAAUUUCUGUGGAUUCUAAAAACAUCUCGCGGUCAAGCAACGGCUAUGUUGGAAAAAUGAGGUCGAAUUUCCUCGGCACCAAGUUCAUCGUCUACGACACUCAGCCGCCAUACAAUGCCGGGAGCCUCGUCCCAUGCCAGCGAGGCAGCCGCCGCAUCUCUUCCAGGAGGGUCUCCCCAAAGGUGCCCACCGGUAGCUACCCCAUUGCCCAGGUGAAUUACGAGCUCAAUGUGUUGGGCACCAGGGGGCCGAGGCGUAUGCAGUGCACGAUGCACUCCAUCCCGGCCUCUGCAGUCGACCCGGAUGGUGUGGUGCCUGGGCAACCCCAGCAACUGCUCCCCGGUCCGUUCGACGAGUCCUUCCGCAGCACGAACGCCUCCUCCAGGUUCUCCAUGGCAGACUUCAGCAGCUCUCGCUUCUCAAGCUCCCGAUUCUCAGAUGUAAGUGGUGGGUUGCGUCGAGAGGAGGAAGAUGGGGAGGCCAAGGAGAGGCCAUUGGUUCUCCGCAACAAGGUGCCGAGAUGGCAUGAGCAGCUGCAGUGCUGGUGCCUCAACUUCCGAGGCAGGGUGACGGUGGCCUCCGUGAAGAACUUCCAGCUGACGGCAGCCGCGCCAGAGGUGACGGCCGCUGCUGUGCCGCCGUGGGAACCUUCACAGCCGCCCCAGCAGCAGCAGCUCCAGCCGUCAAGUUCAUCGUCGUCCUCGACGUCCGAUCACGAGAAGGUGAUCCUGCAGUUCGGUAAGGUUACCAAGGACAUGUUCACCAUGGACUACCGGUACCCGCUCUCGGCAUUCCAGGCGUUCGCCAUCUGCUUGACCAGCUUCGACACCAAACUGGCCUGUGAAUGA